AUGAACGGGUUUGACCAGAGGGAAGCUUAAAAAUUUACCAGGAUGUGGGAUCUAAAAGCUUUCAAUCAUGGAUGCAAGGUAUAAGAGAUAGUUUCCUUGUGUAUCUUGAAUAUUAUAUCAUAUUAAGUUCAAGUCAUCAAUAAUUGUUUAAUUUCUGAAACUUUCCAAGAUUAAAAAUCUAUGGAUAAAAUUAUGGUUGGGCUACCAAAUGCUUAGGGUCUUCCAUUCUUCGAUUAUGUGGAAAUAAAGAUUAAUCUUGUAUUUUAGAACAGAAUCUUUGCAUAUUUUUACAAUCUGAAAUUUUUUCCAACAUUCACUGAUGAUGGUGAAAAGCAUUCCAUCAAAAUCUCAAAUAAAUGA